GAACUCGACAGUCUUGAGGGAGGUGUCCUUCUGGAAGUUCAGUUGAAGGGUUUCCUUCGCCGCAGAACCAUCGGUGCAUUCUACGUUCCCAUUAAAAAUGUCCGACAGGAGCAUUCCACGUCUCGACACCCAGCGUGGGUAGCCUUGGGAGCUGAAUUGAAACUCAGGAAUGGACAGAUUGUUGGAACUCAGGGACAAACCAAAAAUUUUCUCUUCGUUGACAUCUGGUUAACACCACUUGCAGGUGAACGAAUCAGUGUGAUGAUCCUAGCUCCGUAA